AUGCCAGCCAACACGACGACGACCUACGUCUCGCUCCGCGACGGCGCGGCGCUGAGCGGAAGCUCCAACGGCAUCUACAUGGCGAUUGGCAUUGGCGUCGGGUGCGCCGUCGUGCUUCUCGUGCUCUCGUGGUACUUUUGCUGCCAUCGGCCGUCCAAACAACAGUCCAAUGCGCUGCUGACGGCCCGCGACGACUACUCGAUGUACAAGGAGGCGUCGCUGCCCGCGUGCGACGCCACGGACACGGUGCCCUCGACCUUGUACGUGCGCAACAGCGAGUGCGACCUCGGGCCGCUACUGCCGUUCCGCCUUCCGGCCAAAGACGUCGAGUGCUGGCACGUGCUUGCGAGUGGCUCGCACGGCGAAGUCUACUUGGGCGAGUACCGCCACAGUACCGUUGCGAUCAAGCAGCUCUACGACGGCCAAGCGAGUGCAGCCGACGUGCAGCACUUUGUCGACGAAAUUGUGACCAUGUCGAGAUUCGACCAUCCACGCAUCGUGUCGCUGGUCGGUGUCGUCUGGGACGCGCCGCCGGCCGCCUUGCGCCUGCGAUGCGUCAUGGAGUACAUGGACCAAGGCAACCUUCAAGACUACUGCAGUAACUCGAACGACGCAAGCUUUCCGUACCGCCUCAAGGCGCGGGUCGCUCUGCAGAUUGCCAACGCCCUCGCGUACAUCCACGCGAUCCCGAUCGUCCAUCGCGACCUCAAGUCCAAGAACGUUCUCGUCGACGGCAAGAAAGGCGCCAAAAUCACCGAUUUUGCAUCGGCCAAGGCCAUGCGUGAGAACGCAUCGACCAUGACGCAGGGCAUUGGCACCUUUCGCUGGCUCGCGCCCGAGGUGCUCAUGGAGUCGCGCUACUCGGCGCCCGCCGACGUCUACUCCCUCGGUGUGCUUCUUGCAGAAAUGUCCAUGUACAAGCGUCCGUACAGCGACCUUGUGGACGACCAUGGCAAGCCGCUCAGCGAAGUCAAAAUCCUGCAGCAAAUCACGUCGUCGGGUCUGCGCCCGUCUUUUGCAAGCAACGCACCAACGUGGUAUACCGAGUGGGCAACGGCGUGCAUGGCGACCGAGCCCAGUGACCGUCCGACGGCCGCCGACGUGGCCAACCGCAUCCAAGCCUUUCUUGGCGUAGCACCGCGUAGCACUCGCUAA